AUGAUGGAGGAACGGGGCAACUCGUUAGACGCCAUUUUAAACUUCUCGAGGUUUCAUGUCGGUGUAACUGAAGCAAAAAGACGAAAAGAGGCGGGCGACGGACACGAAACGCGCGGUCGAGUGUCGGUGGCUCAGAACAGGUGCGGCGCGUCUCCGUUUUUGCGAGCUACUGCCUUUUCUCGACAAACUUCCGUCUGGCACCGGAGGAGCCAAUGUGGCUUCUUGGACUGACCGCGACGCUUCUGGCUGUCGUCGCUCAGCCGUCUCAGCCCAUCACAGCCUCUGUCGAGAAAGAGGUUUCAGAAUCCUUACUCAAUCAUUUGCGUUCUUUGUUCUCUGAAAAAAAGCUGGUUGAAGUUGGUGUAAAUUUCAAUUUCCAUACGCGAAAAUGUUGCAGAAAGGCGGCCAAGAAGAAAAAAAAACGACGGAAAUUGUACUUUUUUUAUGAAUACUUUUUUCUUUAAACGUACCAAAUACCGUAUUCUUGACAACUUUUCAUUGAAAUCUUCUCAGCUCUGAAGUUAGAGAGUAUACUAAAAUUGCCACUGGUUUUUUUUUCUUUUUUAAUUUCACCAUCCGACCUUCCGGAAAUGUAGAUCUUGAUCACCCUGUAAAAAUUAUGAUCAUCCCGCUAACUUUUUCUUAUUUCAAAACAUCCAUUAUCAUUUAUCUCCUGUGUUAAUUUUUUUCAAUAUUCAACUUUUAAAAAAUACGACAGGUAGAAAGUAUAGCCAAAACGCUACAUAGGUAAAACCGGAAGGGUGGAAAAAGGCUCCAUAGAAAUUUUCUUUUUUUGCUGCCUUUUUGCGCCAUUUCAUUGGCUAUAAUGCACCAUUUUAGCUGUCUCUCCUUUUCCACCAUUUCUUGAGCUUUUAAAACAUCAGAAAAAAAAUGGAAGGCUCGAUGAAGGGACUCUUUUUAGUGCCUUUUUGCUGCCUUUUCUGAGCCUCUCCUUUAGCGGCCACUAUCCACCAUUCCGACAUCGCCAGAGUGGAAAGGAAAGUGUCGGUGCCUCAAUUUUUCACAAAAUAAGACCCAGUCAACGGUUUUAUCCGGUUUAAAAAAAACGCAUAAUCUUGUUCCUAUGUUGAGACAUGAUUCACGGCUGGCUCGAGCCAUCGAAAAAAGGGUCCUGGCACGAUAAUGAAAGUGAUAGUGCCUGGUUCGGGGAGAGCGCAGACAGGUCACGCCUUUUUGCGUCCCAAGCAUGCCGUGAAUCGGCUAUACUUUAUACACCGGUUGAGAAAAUCGAGUUGGCCCUCUUUUUCAUUCACCAGACGCUCUCGUUUCCACGUGCUCUUUUUAGUUUCAUGAUUUUCUUUAAAAGUGAAGGAAUUAAUCAGAAGUUAUAACCUAUCAAGCGACCGAUGUUAGCCUUUGAAGACGAUUGUUGCCUAGGACCUAGGUGUUCUUCUUUUUUCUUGCUACAAUAUUUUUUUCCCGAGUUUUUUUUUUCAAUUCACCAAAAGGACACGGAGCUAACAAGAUGAGAAAGGAAUACAAGCGGAAUUUUUGAGAUUGUUUGUCCUCGAGCUCUCCGACCACAAAGACAACCACCGGCCUUUUUUUCCGGUUUUCCGGCGCACGUCUCAUCGUUCCCAGUUGCCUUUGAUGGAGUUUCCAUCGGUUACCUUCGAAUUUUUAUUUCGGAGUAGGUCAUAUGUAAACCGAUAAUUGUAUCCGUAUACAUGGCAAGAGGAAAAACUUCUGGAAGGCUUCCAGAAGAUCGAAUAAAUCCGUUACUGACCCGAAGUCUCUGAAACUUAUUUUUUCGUUUCAGACCUACGAUGUAGUGGUGGUUGGAGCAGGGCUGACUGGCCUAACGGCGGCCCGAAAAAUCCGAUCUUCUCGACCCGAAGCCUCUAUUUUAAUUUUGGAGGCGCGUCCGCAGGUCAGCUUUCUUGAGAGAAGUCAAAAAACCUUCAUGGGAACAUUAUGAAAUUCCUUUUCAAGUUGAACACACACUUUUUAUCUUUUUUUGAAGUAGAACUUUGAAAAAAAUUAAAUUUUAUGUUCAUGAUAUUUUUGAGUUUUUUUCGAAACUUUGUGGGGAUAUUUGCUCUAAUGUUUGAGCGCAAUUUCAGCUACUGUCCGAAUUUAAAUUUGAAACUUUUUCCACGGUUUUUUCUCACCUAAUCUUCCUUCUCAAACCUUUUUCGCGAAUAACUAUUUCUAAAUUUAGUGAAGAUAAAAGUCAGUUCAAAGAAUUCGAUAGUGGAAUUUUACAACGUAGCAAUGGUAAUUGGCCGGCUCCAAAUCUUACCUUUUUGAUGAAUUUUUCCAAGUCUUUUUACCUCACCUUAUUCAUUUUAAAAGUCCUCUUUGCCCCUACGGAUAGACUCACUUGGACCGAGUUUUUCAAAAAGAGCUAAAAAUUUACUCGAAAUAUCGAAAAGACCCUUUUCCACAACCUUCCAUCUUACCAAAGCUAUAGUAUGUGUACCACGACUUGGAAUUUCACCAAACGACAUUCCGCUGUGCCGCUGCGAGCCUUUGCGAACCUUGGCCGCCUUUUUUUUCUUUUAUAAAGGUACUUUAUUUUUCUGUGCUCCCAUAGCAAUAACAAUUAAUUGAUAGCGUGACCUAGAAUCGAAAGACGCUUCGCGAACGCACGCGGCGGAACAGCGGAAUGUCGUUCGGUGAAAUUUCAAGUCGUGACACACCGACUAUAUUUUAUUUUGCACGGUUCUGUAUCUAGAUGGGUGGAAGAAUACGGUACAGCAGCAUGAAGACGGCGACCGGAGACGUUUGGGUCGACACUGGUACCAGGAAGAUCGUUUCUCGGUUGACCUGACUUUAGGUUCGCAGUUCGUUUCGCCCACGCACGCGCAGCUCGUCGCUCUCAUCCACGAGGUCGGACUUGACCUGCAGCCGCAGCUGUCUUGCGGGCGACCGGCCGUUUUCAACCAGAGAAGAAGGCUCAAGUUUGUUCAAUGAGCUGCCUGUCAGAGCUCCGGGGUGUUUCAGGAGAGAGGAUCUCAGUUGGGACAACGGCCAACAAGACCUUGCCGCUUUUUUGAAUUCUCCCAACGCUUCCGAGCUCGCCGAAGUCUCCAUCCAAGAGAUUUCAUCCAAAACGAAUACAAAGAAAUCAGAAUCGAUAAAUCGUCUUCUUCAGGUACUUUUUCAACGGAAGAGUCUUCACUUUACUUAAUCUUUUCACGUUCAUAAUAUGACUAUGACAUUCGGACCUUUUUUCCAGUUUGAAUCUCCAAAUUGUAGUUGGUACUUUUCAUUGUCGUGGUCCCACAAAAAUUGGAAAGCAUUUGCGAAAAUGUAAGGCUAUAUAUAUAUAUAUAUCGGAAAUCAAAGGGCCGAUUUCAUUAAUUUCCGAUUCAAAAAAGUUGUUUCAAGUAGAGACCGCAAAGCCCCGCCCCUUUUGUCAUUUUGUUUGUUGUUUUCGUAAAAGCGCAAUACUGAACCGAUUCCAACGAUAAUUGAUGGAAAGAUAGAGUGAAUCUUCUUCUUUCGAUUCAUGUAAGAUUCACUUCUUCUAUUUGCGUUUCAGCGGAGUGUCGUACAAAAAAGUGAAACGAUUUUUUUUGCCUGUUUUUAACUAUGCUUUCGGUCGUGCGCACUUUAUUUAUUUUUAUUAAAUGUUUCAUCAUCAGAAGUUAAAACUUUUAAAAGAAAAGAAAUAAAAAUUUCCUUAUAGCGAAAAAUGUGGGAGGCCGCAUGAAGGUAUUUUUUUUCGACAGGUGAGCGAAGAAGUUUUUAAAAUUUGGUAGCGGUUCCUAUUAAUAAGUUUUCUGAAUUUUUCCAGUUGCAAGGAUUUAAAGAUCAUUAAAUUACUAAUCAACGUAAUAAGACUUUCUACGACGCCCCUGGAGAACAAGUGGCAGCGCUGCAAGUCGCGUUGACGGCCAUCAGUGAGAAGUCUUCUGUUCGUUCGCUUCUGCGUCAUCUGGGGCAUGGCGACUCUCUAAUCGUCAGGCAAGGUCUCUCAGAACUUCUCAGGUGAAGAGUUGAUCAUUAUGAUUGGAAAAUGCAAGACAGACUUUCAGAAGAUUGGCUGAUGGACUGAAUUUGGUUUUCAACGAAGCUGUUGUUUCCGUCAAUGAAGGUAAGAAAUCACCAAUCACUUGAAGCAGUUCAACCUUGUAAAAUAUCAAGUUACAAAAAAUCCAAUGAACUUUUUUUAAUCUGUAAGAGCGGCAAAAUAUUCAAUCCACUGGGAAAAAUUUUAGUGGCCACUAUAGAGGCUUGCCUAGGAAUACUUGGAGAGGACACUAAAGUUGCCACUAAACUCACCUCUAUAGUGGCCACUAUUUCCCGUUUUAGUUGCCACUGUAGAGGUUGUCUAUUUAGUGGCCACUUCAGUAGCUUUUCGUCCAGUAUUCCUUUCAGUAACGAUAAUUUUGAAACAAACAGAUUGGACCAGUUAUUGACCCCUAAAGUGGCCACUAAAGUUCUUAGUGGUCUAGUAGUAGCACUUAGACCUCUGUAGUGGCCACUAAAACGUCAAAACCCUAUAGUGAUCACAAAAAGUUUUCUCAGCAUCCCAACUUGAAAGGGGAGUGAGGCGGAUAAGUGGGCGGGACGCGUAGCGUGGGCGUACGCGGUUCUUGGCACGAGUUCAAUUCAAACCCUCGCCUUUCAAUUCGGUAAAAAUUGACUAUGUAUGGAUGUAGAGCUGUCUGCGUAAUACUGCAGCCAAACCUUGGCUAUCAUGUGAUAAUCUACAGCGGCGUCUCCGGUGGUGGUCGAGACCUCGAAGCGGGAGAUAUCGGCACACCAAGUCAUAAUCGCAGUGCCACCGGCCGUUCUACCAUCGAUUCGACUUGUUCCUCACCCUGAGCUAUCGUUUCAGCAGCUCAUUCGUGAAUAACUGUUGCCUGAAAAUAUUUGCAUAGUUUUUUAGAGAACUACUAUCCAACUGGUCACGCCUUCUACUUCACCAUGACUUUUGCUCGAGCAUUUUGGAGAGACGUCGGCAAGUCAGGAGAAGUAGGUUUCUCAAAUGACUUUGGGGGUUUUUUUUAGUUUUCCUCUCCCUAUAUUUCCAACAAACAUAGUUUAUUAAAAACCUUUGCGCAGUGCAUUUUCACGGCAAAAGCUCCAAUCGUUUGGAUGACGACUUUCGAUGUUAGUGCAGCAUCUUCAUGUAGUAAGUGGAACUCGGCUCGAUCUUUUUGGACAAACCUUCGCAUACAGACGACUCCUCCUCGGCAACCCUCUGGGGAAUCGUCCAUUUGGCCUACGAACUGACUUCGCAGCAGCGACUUCAGCAUUAUGUUGAGGCAGUCGUUCAGGCGCUCGACAUCCCAAAUGCCGUGCCUCUUGACAUAUCGUUAGAGAAAUUUUAAACUGACUAUUUUAUGGGAAAAUUUAGAGAAGUCAACUUCUCCAGGGACGUUUUCGCAAGAGGCUCUGUGGCGACAUUACGUCCUGGCGUCAACAAGUCUAUGUUGCAGCACUUCAAAGGCUAUCACACAGUGUUGCAGGUUACCAACAGGGCCACAAAAGAUUGAGAUGUUCAUUUCUGCACUCAGAACGUGCACAUCGCGUCGGCGGAGCUGAGCAACGUCUCGAUGGGCAUGAUGAACGGAGCCGUCGUGGCGGCGGAGGCCGUCGCCGCUGCCGUCAGUGAGAACCUGAGGCCGACGCGGCCGGAGAUGCUUCGGGACGCCCCCAUAGAAACUGCCACAAACUUCCCCUACGCCACAUCAUCGCACUAUCCACCAGCUUUUCUGAAAGUUAGUUGAGAACUUAAAGGCACGGCUUUUUUUAAAACUUAACCGAAUUAUAGGUUGAUUUUGAGCCGUAGAAAUGUUUAACUGAGGUCCCUCUUUUUCGUUUUUCGUUUUUAGUUUUUUUUUUAGGUUACUAGGACCACGGGCAAAGUCCAAAAGGUCUCAAAAGAGACUUUCGGAAAAGAAGGCCUUAAAACCACUUUUUUCUUGACUUUUUUCCGAUUAGGUCCUUACAAGGGCCAUACAAGGGCGGAAAAAAAAGUGGAAAAGAGGAAAUUCCAAGAUACCUUUGACACCUUUUAGAAACUCAAAAAGGAGCUUUAGGCUCUUCUUUUUGAAAUCGUUUAAACUUUGCCGGUGAAAUUGUUUCUAAAAUUUCUGGGAAGUCAACUUUUGCCGACUUGAAAGGCGAUGUUUCCCGUCAAUCGAUUGUAAAUAUCUUCGAAUAUAAUUUAUUUUGUUGGAAGAAGGCCUGGAAUGGCGGUCACACGGCUGAGCAGCCCACCAGCGAGAAGCGUCUUCCCACGACGCAGGCCAAAAUCGCAACCCGGGACUUCAUUUAUGAAACUUCUUCUCAUUAUCCUCCGACAGAGCAACCGCCGCUCACCACCAUGAAACACUUUAGCUAUGGAAAUCUCGGUGAGUUUUUAUUCAAUAGAUCUUUAAAAAAAAUUGAUUUCCAGUUGAUUCGAAAAUGGAGAAUCUUUAUUACGAAGGGCCGCAGUUCGAUGACGUGAAGAAUAAGGUCUCUGGUUCAUUUUAUAAUUCUUAAUGCAGAGAAUAGUUUCAAGUUUGUUUUUAUUAUCCGUUCAAUAACAAUAAUUUUAAAAAACUUUUCUUUGUUCACAUCGAAUAACUCUAUAAGGAAGGUAAUUUUACCUUGUGGUUGGGAAUUUUUUAAAAAAUGGCCAGAACACUUCUUGGUAUACCAAAGGAAGAUCCUGAAAGUCUAGGCCUGUACAACCUCCUCAUUUUCGAGAAAUAAAGGCUCAAAGCCUCAAAAUAGCCUAUUUUUUUGGAUUUUGAGGGUUCCCUUUGAUUUUGAGGCCUCUUUUCUCAAAAACUAAGUUGUGCAGGUUGAGACUCUCAGAAUCCCUUUCCGGUACACCAAAGAACUUUCUGGCCAAUUUUCAGAGAAUUCCCAACCGGAAAGUGAAAUGACCUACCUUUUAGUAAUAAUCUUUAGCGACCGAUUUGCAGGAACCUGAAACUACGACCUCGUCCAGCUUUGUUUAUAAAACAUCGAGCGUGAUGCCAAGCAUAGAACCAAUUGAAACGACGACUUAUAAGCACUUCAGCAACGGGAAUCUACCCAAAAGCUUCGGCGAGCCGAAGAAAACCGAAACUGUGAGAAAAACUUUCUUUGACUCGACAUCUACGCACUAUCCCCCCAACGAACAAAUUCGGGACGAAGAGUUGGAGGAAGGAACCGUCAGUUCUCAAGUUGUUGACUAUCUGGACAACAUCGUGCAGCAGGUUGGUCCUAUGAAACAUAUCUCAGAAGAAGCUUCCUAGUAUCAUUUUUUUCAAAAGAACUUUUGUAGUUCAACAAAUCCUCAUGACCAACCUCGCCGCUACCUAAAUAAAUUUCUAAUUUUCAAUCUAUGAAAUUUUUAACUUCCACGUCUUUUUCUAGGUUAUCACGAAGACGUUUCAACACUGAUAGUUUUAUUCUUGAAUAUUUUUGAUCUCGAUGCUCUCGGCUUUUUUAGGCAAGAAACGACAGCUCUCUGCAGCUGGCAACGAGACUGACAAGGUUACUACAGACACUCCUGAAAGGAUUGUUGAAAGAAUAA